CACAACUGGAGGGUUGGUGGUGGAGGGGAAGCUCCUGGGGGGAGCACCAGCCCCUCGCCGGACUCUGUUCCGGCUCCGAAGCCCCCUUGGCCAGAAAAAAAAAAGGAAACAGAAAAGACAACGACCGAGGCUGGGGCCGGAAUUAAUCCCUUGGCGUUGCAAUCCUAUGGCCUGCCCUUUCCUCCUCCUUAGUGAUGCGGCUGCGGUAGCGACGGCCGCGAAGCCCGGCAGCCUCCGCCUGGCUCUGCCUUGCCCGGCUGCGCUCGGCUCCCGGUUCCCGGCGUCUCUUGGUGGGGUGGGUUUUGGCGGGGAGAGGGUGGUCGGAGCCGGGAACUGCUUCCGAGGAGGGGCGUGCGGGCCAGGCACGCGCCUUCCCUUCCUCCCUCCCCCCCCCCACACGCACGCACCCUGCGCGCGCGCGCGCGCGCGCACACACACACACACACACACACAGCCAGAGCACCCCUCUCCCUCCUUCUCUCUUUCUCUUUCUCGUUCAGUUCCAGCCCUCCCAUCAGCAAUCGCUGGGAAUUUGAAUGAAGAGUGGUCCUCAGCUGCCUGCUCCUCCUCCUCCUCCUCCUCCUCCUGCUCGAUCUCUCGUUGGGAUGCAAACCCUGAACUUGGAGCAGCAUCGCUUGCAAAGGAGCAGAAGACGAAGAGCUUAGCAAUGAAUCCGUUGAAGCUCCGAUCCAUCAAAGCGCCAGAUCGACGAGUCACGGACCGUUCCUAAAUGUGAUUAAAUAUCCUUUUCUUCCAAAGCUCAGAGGGAACACGGAUUUACCUGACCCGGCUUCUUUGCAAUUUGGCUUUCAAAGCACAGCAUCUUGAGAUUUCAGCGACAGAUGGAUCCCUCUCUCCCUCCCUCCCUUUUUGCCUCCAUCUCCUUCUCCCCCCUCCCUACGUUCUCCUCCUCUCCCUACAUUUUUUGUUUGUUUGUUUUCAACACGUUUGAUCUGAAGUUCUGAAGCAUCUCGGAGGGGACCCACGAGAGGAGGCGGAGGCGGAAGCUGCACCCAAGGAGUGUCAGCGACACCAAGGCGGCGCUGCCUUGUUCUCCCACCAAUUGCAUCAUGGUGUUGUUCAGGGGAGGCUGUGGAGGAGUCACACAAAGAAGAUUUGUUGCUGAACGUUUCAUUUUUGUUUGGCUUUGAGAAGAAGCACAAAUAGAGAGAGAGAGAGAUAGCUAUCUUUCCCCUCCAAGUACAACUUUCACUCUGAUUGACGACCACAGCUAGUCAGUGUUGUCACUGUGUGUGAAACUGGGCACAUAUGACAAUGGUGGCGUCCAACAGAACUGGGGUGCUCAUGUCCUUCGAUUGCUAAGCUCCGAGGGCGUCAAGUCGCCCUCUUGAAGUCUCCUUUUCAAUUCUGUUGUUGUUGUUCUUGUUGUUGCUGGGUUUGCCUCUUUUAGCCUAAAGGGGGCACUGUAGCCCAACAUGCUCCGUCUUGGAUUCUGGGUGGCUACCCUGCUCUGCAUUUUUGCCCCCAGCAGUGUCUGGAGUGACUGCUGGCUGAUCGAAGGAGACAAAGGUUAUGUCUGGCUCGCUAUCUGCAGCCAGAACCAGCCUCCGUACGAGACCAUUCCUCAGCACAUCAACAGCACUGUGCACGACCUGCGGCUGAAUGAGAACAAGCUCAAAGUGGUGCUCUACUCCUCCCUCAACCGCUUUGGUAACUUGACGGACCUCAACCUGACGAAGAACGAGAUCUCCUACAUCGAGGAUGGAGCCUUCAUGGGGCAGUCCAACCUGCAGGUGCUGCAGCUGGGCUACAACAAGCUCACCAACCUGACAGAGAGCAUGCUGCGCGGCAUGGGCCGUCUCCAGUUCCUCUUUGUGCAGCACAACCUGAUCGAGGUGGUUACCCCCACUGCCUUCAACGAAUGCCCCAGCCUCAUCAGCAUCGACCUGUCCUCCAAUCGCCUCAGCCGCCUGGAGGGAAGCACCUUCACCAGCCUCAGCAACCUGAUGGUUUGCGAACUGGCUGGAAACCCCUUCAACUGCGACUGCAACCUCUAUGGUUUCCUCAUGUGGCUGGUGGCCUUCAACAAUGUUACCAAAAACUAUGACCGCCUGCAGUGUGAGACUCCCCGGGAGUUUGCCGGCUACCCACUUCUCAUGCCUCGGCCACACCACAGCCGCAAUGCCAUCACCAUCUUCAAGUCAAUGUGUGGGGAUGGCAAUUACCCCUUGAUCUCCAGGAUCAACCCCACACCAUACAUCCCAGAUUCUCAGAGGGAGGAGGACAAUGCUGAGAACUCAGGCAUCAGCCCAGACUUCCUCUCAGUAGAGCCUCCAGCGUCUUCCACCACGGAUUCCUCCUACAUCCCCAGCAUCAAGCUCCAGCAGGUGACUAUCACCUCAGCUGCCUUGGUGGUGACCAUCCCAUUCCCCUUCAGCAAGAUGUACGUGCUGGUCCAGUACAAUAAUAGCUACAUCUCUGAUGUAAUGACCCUGAAGAAGAAGAAGGAAGUUGUCACUCUCACCCACCUGAAGGCUCACACAGACUAUACCUUUUGUGUGGCUUCCAUACGCAACUCCAAGCGCUACAACCACACCUGCCUCUCCUUUGCCACUAGGAGCAAAGGGAGAGAGGAACCCAUGGCCAACACAUCCACCACUACCCAUUACAUCAUGACUAUCUUAGGUUGUCUUUUUGGAAUGGUUAUUAUCCUUGGCAUCGUUUAUUAUUGCCUGAGGAAGCGUAGGAUGCAAGAGGAGAAGCAAAAGUCCCUCAACGUCAAGAAAACAAUUUUGGAGAUGCGUUAUGGCUCAGAUAUUGAUACCAGCUCAAUUGUACAUCCGUCACAGAAGUUGGGGGAGCCGCCUGUCAUCCCUGUCUCACGGAUGUCCUCUCUUCCAUCCAUGAUUGGGGAGAAGAUGCCCUCAUCCAAAUCCAUGGAGGCUGGCAUGGAUACUCCCAAGGUCACCACCAAGGGCAAUUACAUUGAGGUUCGGACAGGUGGCGGGGAUGGGCUGGACAGGUCACAGCGGGAUGAUGACCUACAUGAACUGGACAAUGGGCAAGGUUCAGCUGCUGAAAUCUCAACAAUUGCCAAGGAAGUGGACAAGGUGAAUCAGAUAAUCAACAAUUGCAUUGAUGCCCUCAAGCUGGACACAGCCUCUUUCUUGGGGGGAGGGGGUGGUGUUGACUCUGACAUGGCUUUUGAAUGCCAGUCCAUACCAGCCGGUUCCUCUGUUGGGCUGGAGAGGCCAAGCUUCCUCUCACCACCCUACAAGGAGAGCUCCCACCAUCCCCUGCAGCGUCAGCUCAGUGCAGAUGCUGCAGUGACCAGGAAAACCUGCAGUGUCUCCUCCAGCGGCUCCAUCAAGAGUGCCAAGGUCUUCAGCCUUGAUGUACCUGACCACCCACCUUUGAGUAAGGCAGACUCCAAGUACAUUGAGAAAGGAAGCCCACUCAACAGCCCCUUGGAUCGUCUUCCCCUCGUGUCCCCAGGUGCCAUCCACCACCUGGAGGUGAAACCAUCCUACCACUGCAGUGAACACCGGCAUUCCUUCCCAGCUCUCUACUAUGAGGAGAGCGGCGAUACCUUAAGUCAGAGGGUGUCCUUCCUUAAGCCGCUCUCCCGGUCCAAGCGGGACUCCACAUAUUCUCAGCUCUCGCCUAGACAUUACUUCUCGGGCUAUUCCUCCAGCCCAGAGUACUCCUCAGAGAGCACCCAUAAGAUCUGGGAGCGUUUCCGGCCUUACAAGAAGCACCACCGGGAGGAGGUUUACAUGGCGGCCGGCCACGCCCUGCGGAAGAAGGUCCAGUUUGCCAAGGACGAAGACCUGCACGAUAUCUUGGAUUACUGGAAAGGUGUCUCUGCUCAGCAGAAGUUGUGACUCUCUCAUUAAAAGAAAGAAAAUCAACACACACACAUACACAAAUUAACCCACCUGACUGUGAAAAACAAAAACAAAACAAAACCCUGAUAAAAGAAACUGAAAACCAUUUCUUAAAAGUUUACAAAAAUGAACAGGAAAAAAGGCCCGUGUAAAAUGAAUUGUCUCUACUGUGUUAUGGGGACCACUGUUAACUCCUUCGGAUUGGUGGGGAGGAGAUACUUGCUUUUGUACUGAGGUAAAGAGAAGGGGGUGACUGUUAACGGAGAUACUGGGCUGGUAUGUAGCAGAAGUGGCAAAGGAAGGAUGCUAAUCAGGCAUAGGCUAAGACAGCCCGCAUGAUUUUUCUGUUCCGGUUUGCUAUUUUGUUCCAGAAAGAGAGGAUUUUGCUCAUUCCCCAGACAAAAGGGGGGUCAGGGAAGGGGUGAUGCCUCCUCAUCCUUCCCUUCCCUAUACUUAAAGGGGCUCUGAAAAGGUUGCCUUAGUGCAGCCUCCCCAACCUGGUGCCCCUCAUAGGCUUUGCACUACGUCUCUUACCAGACCCAGCCGGCAUGGCUGUGGUGCCAAAGGCUGAUGGGAAUUGUAGCCCAAAACAUCUGGAGAGCACCAGCUUGGCAAUGGCUGCCCUAGUGCACUUUCCUGUGAGUGGAUCUCCCAUAGCUGGGGAAACAUUUCAGCAACCCAGCCAUGCGGAUGAGGGCCAGUUGUGUGAGUGCCGGAUGUGGGAUUAGCAGCCUGCAGAGAGUACGAGUGCCAGUCUUAUGGGAAUGACCCAGGUGGGCAACCUCUGCUGAUGUGGUUGGGUCAUUUAAUUUUAACCUCAGCUGUGUUGGCACAGCUUGUUGAAAAGUGAUCCCCAUUGUUUCAAGGGCCUCAGAGUCCAGAUAAAGACAUGGUGUAAUACGAAUGUCCUCUCUGUGCUCAGAGAGGUUUUCUCAGACUGCUGCCCUGCUCCCACCUCCUCCAUAUAUCCUUAUCUGCACAAGGACAGGAGCAAAGAGCAAAAAGGGAGGCUUUCUUGACAUGUCCUCACCUGCCCAUGAACCUUGUGUGGUGUAGGCUGCCACAAGAUGGCUUGGCUUCCUCCACUCUGGAAGGGGCUGGGAGAUGGAGCAUCAGUAGUAGGGUCUCCUCCAUACCUUUCCUCAUUCGUUAGGAAGAAAGAGCAUUAGCUCACAAGGUGCCUCCCUGCACCUCGGUGGGCUGUUCAGUUGUCUUCCAAGAGGAGAGGGUGAUUGCACUGCCUGACACAUGGAAAGAGAAUUGCCAAGGUGAGGGGAAGGGAAGGAGGGCAGCAUCUGCAAUCCCUCUAUGAUCUCAAGGAACCCUGACCCUGGAUAUGCUUGGCUUAGGGAACAGCACACAACUCCAUCCCAGAAUACGUUGGGCAUCCUGCGGAGCAGAGUCUCAUGACAGACCGACAGAUGGGCUCUCAUCCACUGCUCCUUACACUGAAAGAAUGCCUGUGAUCAGCUAUGAGGUCCUUGGUGGGCAAGGCGAAUCUCAAAUAGGCUUCCAUUACACCUCACUGCCAGAACUUGACCUUAAGGUGGGAUAGAGGAAGGGAAUCAAUCUAACACACUGAUGGCUGGAUAUACACACUACACUGCAGCGGUAGCUAGCAUAGUGCCCUCACAUCUGUUGGGACCGCAGCUCCCACCAUGCCUGGACAUUGCACAUCCUGGCUGGGGCAGAUGGGAGUUGCAGUUCAACUGCAGUUCUGGAGGCCACCACAUUGGCUGUCCUUGCAGUGCAGGAAGCUGUUAUGACGGAACACUGGAUGGGAGCAGAGAGGGUUAAAGAAGGCCUAAAGGCAAGGUGCUUAUUCAAGGUGUAUAAAGGGUCAGAUCAGAAUAGGAAAGCAUAGGCAUCCAUAAGUUAAACUGGUGGGCAGGCCAGUCUCAACCACUGACCUGCCACCAUGCCGCCAUCACCCGUUCUUCAUGCCCAUUGAAUAGAACAGAAUAUAUUUUAUUGAAUUAGUAUUUAGGCUAUAGCAGCGCAAAGUAAGAUGACAAAAAUUUAAGCCCAGCAACAAAAUUUUCAUAAACUUAUAGACUGUGGUGGGGGCACAGUGGGGAGCCACUCUUGAAGGAAUUAUACCCUUGAAUGAAGAUAAUACCCUGAUAUCAGAGAUUGCUACUUAGAUCCCAUUGCUUCCUUGCAGAUGCAGCUGUCCUACUCCUGACCACCAUACUUCCUUUUUCCCCUGGGAAAGAGUGCCAGUGGCCAAUGGGAACAGCAGAGAAGGCAAUGGUCAAUGGACGCAAAGAGGCACAGGCUGAGUGCACUGCUUGGAGUUAUUCAGCAGCUCCGAUGUGGCCUCAAGCUGCCAUGGAGACAAGGGAUUGUUUAAUCAAGGAGAGCUGGUAUAGAAUAGGAAGCAAGCAUGAGAUACCUAGGUAGCACCCCUGCAGAGUGUGACGUUAUAGGUAAUUUGCUAAAUCUAAAUAGCAGAGCCACUCUAUUAAGGCUAUGUUCUAUAGAGGUGGUGAUAGGGGAUGUUUUAUCAGUUCUAGUGCCAAGCAUAAAGCGUCUCUGCCUUCCAGAACGUUUCCACUCCCUCUUGCCCUCCCUGCCUUGCUAUGUCUUAUUACGCCACUUGAUAAGGCGUACCUUCCCUCUGCUCACCACCAUGAAGUUUCCUCACAUCUCUACCUUGCAGCAAAGCUCCAUAGCUUAUAGCCCCCCACUACCUGCCUGCAUCAGAACACACCAACAAAGCACAAGUUACUUCAGCCAGGGAAUCUCCCAGCAAUUCCUUUUCAGUGAUGGAGCCCCCCAAGCAAGGAGUUGUUUCAGGAGCCAUCACUGGGGCAAAUGCCUCUUCCCAAGAUCUUCUCUUGGCAGUGUUGUUCCAUUAGUAGAGCUGGCCCAAAGGAGUCCUGGAUUCUAGUUCCCAAGCACCAAACUAGAGUCCUUUCUCCAAUGCAAGAAAAGAAGUGUCACUUCUCCCAACAGGGACCCCAGAUGUAGACACUCAAGGUAAGCUUGGCCUUGCAGAGCCAGGGCUAAUCUCUCUGCAUCUUGCAGUAUUUCUUCUUCCCGAUUGUAUGCCUGCAGCCAACAGCAGCAGGAAUAACAAUGUAAAGCUGAAUUUAAAAAAUGUCUGAUCUAGCAAACUAAGAGGCAAGCAGCCAAGUGUAUUUUGAAGUGGCUGGGUAAGUGGUCUCUGUGGUUAGGGUUCUUGUGGCAGUUGUAGUUGAAUGGUCGGUGCUUACUGGGUUGCUGUGGGGAGAAUUCUUACCUCGCCUCCACCUCUGAUACAUGCUGUGCUUCACACGGCAAUCGUAGGAGGACCCUUCUCUUACCUGAGCAAUAGUGUGGAUAGCAAAAGCAGUCUGGGCUGGUAGUGCCAUCCAGUGAUUGGCGUGUUAAAUCUCAGGGAUUUGUUUACCAUGGAAACAAGUGGAGGGGGCUGAGAUCCUGGAGGGGCUGACAUUCUUGGUAGGAACUGAAUAGAGAUGAGAUCUUUGCUGAUUGAUCCAACAGAGCUUCUCCUCCAUCACCCUAAGAGAUGCAUGCUUUUGGGUGAUGACAGGGAGGAAUUCCAAGACAAAUCCCAGGAGUAAACACUUGUUUGGGAUUUGGAGACAAUCUGUCUCACUCCCAGAGAGGAUAUGGAGGUUGAUCCCUAUCUGAGGAGUAGAUCCUUCUUAAAAUUCCAGGGGACAAGUCUGAAAUAUUUCCUUUACAAGAUGUGGCCAGGAGCCCUCGGGAGAAAUAUUGGGGGCACACUCACUGUGAGUAUCUUCCCCAGUGAGAGAAUCCUGAAGAAAGCCUAAGGAAAAGAAUGACAAUUGUUUGAAUAUUACUGAGGGAGAUGGGCAUAACAUCCAGUGGGGGUUCUGGUGGGAGGGGGGCAAAGUGCAUUCCUGCUGAGUCCCAGUGGAUUCAUGAAUGAAACCCCGACUUCUUGCAGAAUCCCUUUUGCAUGCUGGCAUGUUUCCUGUGUUGUGGGAAGUUUUGCAGUGCUUUGAUCCUAGGCAGAUAUUAACAGCAGGACCAAAUACAGUUUUUGACUCCCCUAAAGCACUCGGUCUGAGUAAAGGGUGUAGGGGGCAUCCUGGAUAGCACACCCUUAUGGUGCUUGAAACAAUGAGGGAGGUGUGAGUUUGUUGGCAAGAGAGGAGAUGUUUCAGCGUGAUUCAAAAGUGGUGAUGGUUGUGUGCGCUGGACUUGUUGAGGAACUGGAACAUUCGGCCAGGUAAAGCCAUCAACCAUCAUAUACGGGGAAGUGUUGCUGGAUCAUUCUGGUGUCAUAGGAUCACCCAAAUCCAUCUAGGACAAGAUACCUGUGCCAUUUAAUAUGUGUGGAGAUGGGAGAAAUUUGGCAGUUUCUCCCACACUCAUGCUGCAGUGGUGGCAGAAACUGCACCAGCCAAAAUUCUCCCAUAUUAUGUCGCUAUUAAAAGGUACACCAAAGCCACCCCAGAUAGAUUUUCACAACCCUUGGGAAAUGAGAUAACUUGCCUUCUGACUCGGAAUCAGGGUAAAAGGCAGUGAGGGUGGAAGGAAGGUGCAAACAAACCCUGUUUCCCACUUCCACUGCUUCACCCCAGCCACCCCAUCCCAUAAUCUCUUAUUGUGGAGCAGGUUGCGAUGAAAUCAUACGUAAGAGGCUGUGUGCUGUGUGUUGCCAUUGAUCUCAAUUUCCUCCAUCUCUCUGAAAAGGGAAAAGGAAAAAAAAAAGGAUUCAGAUUAGAUCAUAGCUGGUGGUGGGUACAUAGCAAGCCCAGGAUCUUCCAGAGCUGAUGGAGGACAGAACUGUUCCAACAGGCUAGGAGUGGAGAGGGGUGGCAAAGGGAGAGGAAGGCUUGCUCUAACUCUCUGACCAACCCUUUCCCUGCUGCUGGAUGAGACUCUGAACAACCACAGAGUACAUGCACACAGUCCGAAAAGAGGAGAUUUAAGCGUUAUAUUUGCAUGAUGAUUUUAACUGUAUUUUUCUGAGCAAAAACAUCUUUUGUGUAUGUGCUGGUUUGUCGAGACUAAACCUAACCAUGCUCCUUUGCUCCUUCCUCCCACUUUGCCUCCAAAUUCCCCAUAUGCCCUUGACCGCCAUUGUGAUUUGACAACUUUGGGAGGGAGUGGAUUCCAAAGAUGACCCAAACCAGGUGCCACCAGCAAAAUAGCAACCCCAACUUCCAAUGCAGUCCACCCCUACAGGCAGACUGCCCCUUUGCAAGCAUCUGGCUUUGGCCUCAAUGACUUUCUGAGGCCAAAAUGAUGGCACCAAAUCUUCAACAUGGGCUCAUCCUGUGGUAGUCAUUUACCCUCAUGAGUCUUGAUUUCAUAGAAACGCUUGUGAAGUGAGGGCUGCCAGGUCAAGGGAAAUCCCAAUCCUUGGCCAAACAUCUGUUGCUAGGGUCAUCCCAGCGCAGAACCAGAACCUUUAGCUUUAAGGGCACCUUAAUUGGGAAUUUGCAGGCCUCGUCCAAAGCAGUGGGGGGGGGGGUGUCUCCCCUUGACUCCAGUAGGUUCUGGUGAUGAAGCUUCCUCAACUGUAUGCAGUGACUGAGUAACGAAGCCACUGUGUAGCUCACAUAAUGAUCUUGAUCUCCACCUCUUUGUGGUGGAGAAAUGCACUAAAGGAGCCUCCCCAGAGUGAGCUGAUCAUUCUUGCCUUGGAGUCCUGAAAUACCUGUGGCGCAUUCAAGAAGAAACCGGACACUUUUAGCCUAGAAAAUUCUUGCUUUGUUUUCUUUGCUGGGCUUGGACAGCCACCAAGUGAUGGAGACCUUGCUUAGACUGCUGGGAGGAAGAGAAGGCCAGAGUUGGAUUCGUACUCCCCUCUGAAAGGGACUCCGGUUACUUCAGUGGUAGAGAAGAACCUAAAACUGACAGUGGACCAGAUUCUUCCCAAAGUGGCACUUCGGAAGGAAGGACACCUGUUCCGCAUGGGAGGGGUGGUGCGUACAGCCCAUCCUCCUGUGACUGAGUUGGAAGAAAAAGAUAAGAAUCUGGAGUGUAUCGCACACCCUCUAGAAAUGACUCAGGAGAAAUCUCCUAGGAGGAUCAGGAGUACAAGGGCAAAGUGGGCUUUUGUACAGCACCUACAACCUGUGAAAAAGACACUGUGCUGUGAUUCUGAUCUCAUUGGAAGAUGCCACAGGCACCGCCUCUGCAAAUACUGCAGUGCCACCCCGACUUCAUUCUUUGCUAUCUUGCCUCCUGUGCCAGAUAAUUUCUCCUGAGGUGGGCUUGAAAUAUUCAUGAACGACAAAUGGAAAUUUAUGUCAAGGAAUCUUGGCUGAGGUGGUGUCGAUGUGUUUGCAAUGCUAAUCAGCCCCAAUACUUAACUAGAGGCUCUCGGAGGCCAGAUGAGGGUGGGGAGAGGUAAUAGGAAAAGGGACCCCCAAAAGGAGGGUGAUGAUAUGUGGUGAGGGAGAGUGAGAGGGGUGGUGACAGAAGAUCAUGGCAAUAGAACUGGAAAAGAGGCAUAAGAAAGCCAAGACUGUGGGACAGGAAUCAAGAGGCAGAAACUUGGACUAACAAGAGGAGGAAAUAUCUGUUUGGGACUGUUAGUACUGCUGCUCCACAAAACCAGCAUAAGGUGCCUUUUUCUGGCUAUCAGCACUCUGAGCUGCCCAGUACAGUGAUCAGAAAAAGCUUGUUGAGGAUACUUAAGACAGGUGGCAACUUGGAAAAGUUGCAAAAAAGAAAAGUCAAAAGCACAGGCCUUCUAUAAAUGUAAUGGUUACCACCCAGUAUACCAGCCUGUUAGGAGACUUGUAUCAUGAAGGUGCCUGUUUAAGAAUCUGCUGUAGACAAGUGACCCUGGGCUAGCUUGAAGCUUUGAUUUUCAUCCUAAGCUUCCCUGAGGAUUGCACAGAAGUUCUCUGUCUCUUCAUCAAACUACUUUGUUCCAGCUCCUCUCCUGCCAGGCCAAAUACAAACACAGGACGAAACUUGAGAUAGUUUUGCCCUACCUUAUGCAUGAAAAGUUGUCGCACAAGUUUUGGGGAGGUCAGAUAUGAAGAAAUACCAGUUUCACUCAGCCUCUGGGAAGCCAACACUAUAGAAAGAUUUGGGGUUGACAGGGAAACACAGAAGUUGGGGGGACAGCGAGGGACACCUGAGAAAUGGAGGGUAAAUAAUGCAGAAACAGUGAUAAUUAGAACUUGCAAGGCCACAAUGGACCACUGUGGUCAUUUGGGCUAGUUUACUAGAUCAGGGCAGAGACAUGUGGAUGAGCUCCCCCAAGCUUGUAUUGGAUUAACUCCCACCCCCG